AUGGCGUUCAGUGAAAUCGCCCCAGACUGGUGGCCCUUCUCACCCGGCACCACGGCCAUCGUCGCCGCCAUCACCGUCUACUUCAUCGCAUACCAACUAUCAUCGCGGAAGAUCGACCCGCGCGAACCCCCAGUCAUCGCGCCCGCCAUCCCCCUGAUCGGACACCUGCUAGGCAUGGCGCUGCUAGGUGGUCGAUACAUCAAGAACCUCGGCAUCCGCAACCAGCAGCUGCCCAUCUUCACCCUGCCCGUGCCCGGGUCGCGCAUCUACAUCGUCACGGACCCGUCCCUAGCAGCCGCCGUCCAGCGCGCGUCCAGGGUUCUAUCUUUCAACCCCGUCGUGCCCGAGGUCACCCAGCGCGUGCUCGGCCUCGACGACGCCACCGUCGAGAUCACCCGCAAGAACCUCGACCCCGGCCCCGGCGGCGAGCGCGGCUUUCUGCCCGACAUCCAGGACAUGGUUUCCGCCUGGCUCGGCCCCGGCGAUUACCUGAGCGAGUUGAGCCUGGACGCCGCCGCGGAGAUGAAAAAUGAGAUUGCAGCGUUUGCAUCAUCUCCCACCUUGAACCAUGGUGCCACGGAUCUGCUCUCCUGGGUGCGUCACCUCGUCACCUUGUCGACGGCACGAUACCUCUACGGGCCGGAGAACCCCAUUGCGCUGGAACCGGCGCUGGAGGGCUCCUUCUGGGACUUCGAUCACGGGCUGGGCUCGCUGCUCAUGAACAUCGUGCCGUCUGUCACCGCGCGACGGGCCUACACGGGCCGGGAGAAGCUAUCAGCAGCGUUACUCGCGUAUCUCGAGGCGGGGCGACACAAAUCCUCCGGGUCCAAGAUCGUCCAGAAGCGCGUGGACAUUGCGCUCGAGCACGGGUGGGCAAUGCCCGCCAUCGCGCGCGAGGAGCUGUCGUUCCUAUUCGCCGGCAUCGUCAACGCGACGACCUCGACGUUCUGGAUCCUACUACACCUAUACGCAGACCCGACGCUCCUCGCCACCGUGCGCCAGGAACUCGAGUCCGUCCUCUCAGCACGCACCGACAAGCCAAGCUACAACCUAUGCGUCGCCGAUCUUCGGGACAAGUGUCCCGUUCUCGUGGCCGUGUACCGCGAGUGUCUGCGCCUAGGAUCAGACACGUACUCGACGCGCAUAGUAAAGGAAGACCAUGUCCUCGCAAACCAGUACUUCCUAAAAAAGAAUGCAGUCGUCCAGAUCGCGGGCGGCGUGAUCCACGCGGACCAGCGGAUCUGGGGCGCGGACGUCUUCGAUUUCAACCCCAGGCGGUUCCUCGACAAGACCAACAGCAACUCCGACGCCGAGGCUCUGAACCCCGAAGCUAGUUCUAAGCCUCGACAGAAGCAGAGCAGCGCGUUCCAUCCGGCGGCGUUCCGCGCUUUCGGCGGAGGCAAGACGCUAUGUCCCGGCCGCCACUUUGCUAUGAAUGAGAUUCUGGCUUUUGUUGCAUUGGUAGUACUGCAGUUCGAUAUGAAGCCUGCUCGUGGCGGCAAGAUCGAAGUGCCAGCGAAGAACGACGGCGUCUUGCCUGUACAUAUCCUAGAGCCAGCGCGUCCUGUCAAAGUCGUGAUAUCGAAACGCGAAGAUGGAUUUGCGCAAGAUGGGUUAGAUGUUGAGUUUUCUAUGUGA